CGAACGCAUCGAUGGACAUAAAGUUGUUGCGUUAGAAGAACAACGUAUUGCAGUUCAAUUAGUUGAGUGAAAAUUUGUCUGAAUUUACCCCUAGUGAUUUGAGUGAAGACGAUAAUAUGGGAAAAAAUUGUUCCUUUUAAGAGCAAUGUGUAAGAAAGCAAUUUUCAUUUUACUUUUGUUUAACGGAUAUGUCCUGAGCACAAGUUCUGUGGCUGACUCCUGGUCGGAUUUUGCAGAGACUAUGAAAGAUUCAAUGAAAAAAUGUCCAGUGAAUCUCAACAUGUUUGAUUGCAUCAGAGACUGCAGUCUUGAUGUUUUCGAUAAUAUGAUAGCAUCCGAUGUCAUACCAUUGACAGUUGAAAUGAAACUCAUACGAAAACAUGCACUACAACAAACACCGAUUGCUGACAUCGAACAACCCCUUGACAAAACAAUAGAUCGCAGUAAUACAGCCCUAUCAAAAGCGUCCUGGUCCGGUUAUAUUUUAAAAAAAUUGAUCAAUCUCUUGAGCACACAUACCCUUAACAUUGAUUUAACUCAAACAGCGGCUGUGGGAAGAGGUCCCAAUCGACGUAAUCGUAAUCAAAUGAUACCGAUGAUGAUAUUGGGAGUAACUGCAUUGGGCGCCUUUACAAUACCAAUGGGAUUUCAGUUCCUAUCGAUAGUAAGCGGGAAGGCUCUACUACUGGCUAAAAUGGCACUGAUUAUGGCGAUAAUGAACGGAGCGAAAAGGGUAGCAUCGUCAGGCGUACAUUACGGUCUAUAUCACUCGGAACCACAUCAUCAACAUGGCUAUCAUUAUUUGGAUAGAGGCGAUACCAAUCAACCUAGAUUCAGUCGAAUGUAAAAUGAAAAAAAAAACAAUUCUGAUCGUGAACGGUCAUAAUGCCAAUAAAAAAUGUUUUG